CGUUUAGUUCCAAAAGGUUGCAUCCUAUGAGCUGAGAAGUUCUGUCUGAUAAGUAUUUAAAUUAGUGUACAAAAUGGGAGCAUUGCGGGCGGUCGCUUUCUGCGUGCUAGUUAGCGUGGUAUUUGGGGAACUUCGUAAAUUCCCUCCCGGCUUCAAAUGGGGCGCCGCGACUUCUUCCUAUCAAAUAGAGGGUGCUUGGAAUGUCAGCGAUAAAGGUGAAAACAUCUGGGAUAGAUUUGUGCACAAUAAUCCUGCCGGAAUUACUGACGGCAGCAAUGGCGACGUCGCCUGCGACUCCUACCACAAUUGGCACGAAGAUGUCAAAAUCGCUUCGGAACUAGGUUUGGAUUUCUACAGAUUCUCAAUAUCAUGGCCAAGACUCCUGCCAACGGGUACAAGUGAAAGAAUAAGUGAAGACGGCAAAGCUUAUUAUAACAAACUAAUCAAUGGUCUGCUAGAGAAAGGCAUACAGCCUGUAGUCACGCUCUACCAUUGGGACUUGCCACAAAGAUUACAAGACUUAGGUGGCUGGGCAAACCCUUACAUAGCAGAUUGGUUUGCUGACUACGCAAGAAUAGCGUACAAAUUAUUCGGUGAUCGAGUAAAAACUUGGGUGACAAUAAACGAGCCAAUUGUCGUUUGCGAUGUGUCAUAUAAUACUGGAUUAUUCGCUCCCGGUGUCAAAGAUCCGGAGUUCGGGAAUUAUAUAUGCAAUAAGAAUAUUUUAUUAGCGCAUGCUAAAGCUUGGAGGAUAUAUGAUGAGGAAUUCAAGCCUAAAUAUCAUGGUAAAGCCGGGAUCACAAACCAGUUGUUCUGGUCAGAGGGCGCCUCAAGCGAAUACGAAGAUUUGGCGGAACUAGUUAGACAAUAUAUGACUGGAAUGUACUCUCACGCUAUCUAUUCAAAAGAGGGUGGAUGGCCGCCACAGAUAGAAAAACUAAUCGCGGAAAAGAGCAAGCAAGAAGGUCAUCCGCGGUCAAGAUUACCUCCUUUUACUGAGGAAGAAAUUAAACUUAUUAAAGAAUGUAUUAUCUUCUUACAGAUUAACGCGCCCGGUUUCAGGAAUAUGAUGAAAUGGCUUAAACAUAAUUACGGCGAUAUUGAAAUUCUUGUCACGGAAAAUGGACUUUCCAUCGCAAGCGACGGUCUCAAUGACGUCGACAGAGUCAAAUAUUACAGAGAUCAUUUGGAACAGAUGUGGCUGGCGAUCAACGAGGACGGUAUAAACGUGACCGGGUACACCGCGUGGUCCUUAAUGGACAAUUUCGAAUGGACAGAUGGAUAUGUUACAAACUUCGGCCUGUAUGAAGUGGACUUUACUGAUCCGAAGCGGCCGCGGACCGCGCGCGCCUCCGCUAAAUAUUACAGAGAUGUGAUACGCAGCCAUUCUUAUCAAGUGUCUGAUAAAUAUAUUAAAGACGAACUGUAA